UGUGCCUGUGCCUUGCAGCAAUGUCAGAGGAUGCAGGUCCAGUCCCAGAGCAGGUAAACGGUAACGGUUGCAAUCAGGAAAACACAUCCUCAAGUCUACGAGCCUCGGAGAAAAAGUGCUCAUGGGCUUCUUAUAUGACCAACUCUCCCACUUUGAUUGUAAUGAUUGGCCUUCCUGCAAGAGGCAAGACCUACGUCUCUAAGAAAUUAACUCGCUACCUCAACUGGAUUGGAGUGCCUACAAAAGUGUUUAAUUUAGGAGUUUAUCGUCGUGAAGCAGUUAGAUCGUACCAGUCCUAUGACUUCUUCAGACAUGAUAAUGAAGAAGCCAUGAGGAUUCGAAAACAAUGUGCCUUGGUGGCCCUUGAAGAUGUGAAAGCUUAUCUUACGGAGGACUGUGGCCAGAUAGCUGUCUUUGAUGCAACCAACACAACCCGAGAGAGGCGAGAUAUGAUAUUAACUUUUGCAAAAGAAAAUUCCUUUAAGGUAUUUUUUGUGGAAUCGGUUUGUGAUGAUCCAGAAGUCAUUGCUGCAAAUAUAUUGGAAGUGAAGGUCUCCAGCCCCGAUUACCCAGAGAGAAACCGAGAGAAUGUGAUGGGUGAUUUCCUGAAGCGCAUCGAGUGCUAUAAGGUCACCUAUCAGCCCCUUGAUCCAGUAAAUUAUGACAAAGACCACUCUUUCAUUAAAGUGAUAAAUGUGGGGCAACGCUUCCUCGUCAACCGUGUCCAGGAUUACAUUCAAAGUAAAAUUGUCUAUUACCUCAUGAAUAUUCAUGUUCAGCCACGCACCAUCUACCUUUGUAGACAUGGUGAGAGCGAAUGCAACCUUGUUGGCAAGAUUGGUGGGGAUUCAGGCCUGUCAACACGAGGGAAACAGUUUGCUCAAGCAUUGAAGAAGUUCAUCAAAGAGCAGGACAUUGUGGAUCUGAAGGUGUGGACUAGCCAGCUCAAAAGAACCAUCCAGACAGCAGAGGCCCUAGGUGUGCCAUAUGAGCAGUGGAAAAUUCUUAACGAGAUUGAUGCUGGAGUAUGUGAAGAAAUGACUUAUGAAGAAAUUCAAAGGCAGUAUCCAGAGGACUUUGCACUUCGGGAUCAAGAGAAAUACCUUUAUCGCUACCCUGGAGGAGAAUCUUACCAAGAUUUGGUCCAGCGCUUGGAACCUGUGAUUAUGGAGCUGGAACGUCAGGGCAACAUCCUAGUUAUUUCUCACCAGGCAGUUAUGAGAUGCUUACUGGCCUAUUUCCUUGAUAAAAACGCAGAUGAGCUGCCAUAUAUGAGGUGCCCUCUUCAUACUGUUUUUUCACUCACUCCAGUUGCUUAUGGUUGCAAGUUGGAAAUGAUCUCCCUGAAUGUGGAAGCUGUGGACACACACCGAGACAAGCCAUCCAUUGCAACAAACAACCUUCCAAAGAGCCAAACCCCUGUAAGGAUGAGAAGGAACAGCUUUACACCACUAGCCAGCUCGGACACAGUAAGGCGUCCUCGCAAUUACAGUGUUGGGAGCAAGCCUCUCAACCCAACGGGGUCUCUGAUGUUCCCAGAGGCUUGAGAUGCGCCCGAUGAGCAGAAGCUGCAAGACGGUGUUCAGAGCUCUUCUGAGCAGCAUCAGUAUAAGACUAGUAAUUAAAG